AUGUCAACAUUCACAAUCCCAGACACUGAUCUAGAGGUCAAGAGCAUCCCAGACUUAACCCAGAAAGACCUUCUCUCUUUCCCAGCCUUCAAGGUCUGGAUCGCGACACUACAACAAUCACUAGCCCGGCAACAACACCCCUCGCAUGAAUUCCACAACGACCCAUAUGUGCUCCGUAAAAUCAGCAUCCAAGCCGUCGAUCGCUUUGGCGGGAACAGGCUAGGCUUUGUCAAAUUAAAGGCCGAUGUAUCAAAUGGUCACGGAGAGACUUUGCCCGGCAGCGUAUUUUUGCGGGGUGGGAGUGUUGGCAUGUUGUUAAUCCUCCAGCCAAACGACCUUCCCAAAGACUCAGAGAAAGACAAGAAAGCCAUCCUAACAAUUCAACCCCGAAUCCCGGCAGGAUCUCUCGCGUUCCCUGAAAUCCCAGCAGGAAUGCUAGACGACAGUGGGACCUUUGCUGGCACCGCUGCCAAAGAAAUCCAAGAGGAAACUGGUCUGCUUGUCGAGCAGAGCGAGCUAAUCGAUAUGACAGCGCUUGCUUUACAAGCGGGCCAGGAACCUGAUUCUGGGGAACAGCUGCAGCGUGCUGUUUAUCCCUCUGCUGGAGGUAGUGAUGAGUUCAUUCCGUUGUUUUUGUGUCAGAAACGUAUGCCGAGGUCGGAGAUUGAGGCUUUGCAGGGAAAGUUGAGUGGGCUGCGAGAGGAGGGGGAGAAAAUCACGCUCAAGCUUGUUGAGCUUGGAGAUUUGUGGAAGGAGGGCAUUAGGGAUGGGAAGACUUUGGCUGCUUGGGCGCUUUAUUUGGGGUUGAAGGGAGAGGGCAAGAUUUAA